ACUCGGGAGGGAUCCAUCAGGAAGUCCAAGGCGAGAGAAACACUGAACGAGUCAGGGACCUGGAAAAGGGCAAAUGCCGCCGAAGUAGGUAACGAGUGUUUCUAAGGGCCAGAAUGAAUGGCUAUUGUUCAUUCAAAAUCGUGUCGAAAGUGUUUCAGCCUCAGGUUCGCGCCUAUUGUGUCUAUUCUUGUCUUUGUUGGGCAUUUCAGUCCCGCUCAACCACAACACUGUCUGGCAUUUGUAGAUCUGACAGAUAAUAACUUCCUCUGGCUGUUCUUCAUCCCCUCGUUAACUCUUUGGGUCUGCGUUCUUUCUUUAACUCCCGAGUUGACCUCGUGGUUCUUUCUUUCCUUGCUCAUAAGCCAUAUCAAUUAGCACUUUGCUGCUGGUCAGUCCCUACUCCUCAUUCCUUUCAGUCUACAAGUUUUUGUUGCAGAGUAUAAAGGUGCAUCACAAUCAGAACGGAUAUCCA